UGUGUAUACUCUUACAAAUUUUGCUUAAAACCUAAGGAGCAAGUGGUAAUCCAUAAUUGUGAAACUCACAUUUCACCAACCAACGUUUAAGUACUGCUCAUCAUGGCACCAACUCCUUUUAAAACCCCUCUCGACCCACCUUUACAUCUAUCCUAAUUAAACCAUAAACUUUCAUCUUCUCCAAGCAUGUCUAAAGCAAACACAAGAAGACAUGAUUUGGAGAGGAACAAACUCUCGAAAGAAAAAGAGAAGCCAAGCCAAAGCAUUUUGUCCAAACACCUUAAGAGAAUUUACCCAAUUGGGCUUCAGAGAAGCGGUUCAUCGUUAUCCUCCCUAUCAUCCUUAUCGUUGUCUUUGUCACAGAACUCGAAUGACUCUUCGCUUACAGAUUCUACUACUCCACUGAACCAGAAGAUUUCUUUAGCAUUAAGACUGAUUGCACCGUCUGAAAGAAGAGAAGCCCCCUGGGCAAAAACCGUGCAGCAGCAAAGUCAGGAUACUAGUACUGGGGAAUUGAGGAGGUGCAACUGGAUUACAAAGAAUAGUGAUAAAGUUUACGUGGCAUUUCACGAUGAGUGCUGGGGAGUUCCAGUUUAUGAUGACAACCAAUUGUUUGAGCUACUUGCAAUGUCUGGUAUGUUGAUGGACUACAAUUGGACUGAAAUCCUGAAAAGAAGGGAACUGUUCAGGGAAGCUUUUGGCGGAUUUGAUCCUAACUUUGUUGCCAAAAUGGGGGAGAAAGAGAUUACAGAUAUAGCUUCCAACAAGGCUAUCAUGUUAACAGAGUGCAGAGUGAGGUGCAUUCUAGACAAUGCCAAAUGCAUAUUGAAGAUUGUGAGGGAAUUUGGAUCUUUUGGUAGCUAUAUGUGGGGUCAAGUGAAUCACAAACCAGUGAUCAACCGGUAUAGAUACCCAAGAAAUGUUCCUCUGAGGACUCCAAAAGCAGAAGCUGUCAGCAAGGAAUUAAUAAAGCAUGGAUUUCGGUUGGUUGGGCCAGUGAUUGUGUAUUCCUUCAUGCAAGCUGCUGGAUUGACGAUUGAUCAUCUUGUUGAUUGUUAUAGAUACAGUGAAUGUGUAAGCCUUGCCGAAAGACCUUGGAGGCACAUCUAACAUGGAUAUGGGGUUAAUUAUAUUUACCAUUUCCUAACAGUUAACCUUUUGGGAUAAUUGGUAAUUUAUUACAGUAUGUGGUCUGAGUUGGAAUCAUGUUUCCACUUUACUUCCUAUUUAAAAGCUUAAGCUUUGUGGAACAACUAGUAAUUUAUCAUAUGGAUAUGUACUAAUUCUUUAAAAGAAGAAGCAAAUAGUAAUUAUUACGUUGUGUACUUGCAAGUGGCAACAUGUAGAGGAUCUGAGCGCUUGUUUUGUUACAAGAUAAUUCGGUUGUACUUACGAGAAUGACAAGGGUGGUGAAUAUGGACCAUAUGGUAAUGCCUUAAUAAUAACCAACAAUCAUAGAUCCUUUUUUGUAUGGUAAAGCUUUGUAAGUUGAAUAAGUUCUGGUGAUUCAGAUUGAUUAUUAGGACAGCCGUUUGGUUA